AUGGAUUCAUCUUCUAUAUUUUGGAACCGAGGACAGAUAUUGGAAAUCCGACAUUCAAAGGAAGAACACUCUACAUCAGUAGAAGAAAAGAUGGAAAGUGCUGGGUUGGGAACGAUUGAAGUUCAACAAUCGAAUGAAGGAAUAAUGAAAAGUGGAAGGUAUGAAGAAGAGCACAACAAGGAUGAAUUUGACUGGAUGGAUAAGGCUGAGACCGAUGACUGA